AUGGCGCAUGUGGAUCUGGUUACUGGGCAACCCCGCCCGCACAAUAUUGUCCAUGGAUCAUAUCCCCACCUCGUUCUAUUUCUGGUCCUCAACAUGUGGCCUGCGUUUCUUGGUCUCCCUGUCCUAAUCGCCAUCGUCCUCUUUUCGACACAAGUGAAACGACAUGGCACUUUCCUCAACUUUUGUGUCGCCUUUCUCAUAACUGGAAUUGUCUCCAGCCUGCUUGUAUACUUCGGCAAAUUCACUGGUCCAGAACCCGCUCCAAUGCUUUGCCUGCUUCAGGCCUCUACGAUCUAUGGUGUUCCACCGUUGGAAUCCAUUUGUGCCUUUAUGCUUGUGCUCCAGAUGUUUCUCAAGAUCCGAGCUGCCCACCACGGUAAGCCCUGCGAGGAUGAUGAUCACAAAAUACGUUUCUGGGUGAUGAUUAUAUCACCAUAUGUUGUGUACUUUAUCUUCGUUCUAGCAACCGCCAUCGUUGGUGCUAAUGACCCUCGACGAGUAUCGCGAAAUCGCCGGUUUUUCUACUGCUCGGUGGAAAACUUACCACUGACUAACACCAUCGCUGUUGUCUGUUCCAUUAUCCUCCUCGCGACUGUUAUCCUGGAAGCGUGGACCUUGAUCCUCCUCAUUCGACACCGCAAGAUAGCAAGGCUUCAGGGCUCCAGCCUUCGUCGAAAAGUGGAUCUUAGCUUCCCUGUUCGCAUUCUCUCCUUUGGUCUGUAUAUAAUCACUGCUAUGAGUCUGAGCCUCAUCUCAGUCACGUCACCGUCUAGCCCCGUCCCUGAUUUGGUUCUGGCCAGCGCCCCGACCGUCUUUAUUCUGAUCUUUGGCACACAAAGGGAUAUUAUUCGUGCAAUGUGCGUUUGGAAGAGAUGCAAGCCGAUAUACGUCGAGCCAGACGCGAAGACGAUCGACCUGAGAUACGCCUUUGACGCCGAAUCCACGUUUGCAAAGCCUGUCAAAUUCUGA